CGUCGCGAUCUCGCGCGUGCGCUACCUCCCUUUCCCCUCUACUCUCAACUGCUUAUCUACUCAGUAUCUUGAAUCUACCUGGCACGCUACCGUUGUCCCGGAAAGCCCUAUGUCUACACAUAACGGCACCCACCUCACGACCUCGCGCAUCAACCGCCUGUUCAGGCCGUUGCGUGCCAAAUGCACAGCUCUAGCAGAAUUCUCCUCACCGAGGUCUUACAAGAGACCCCACGUCUCUGUUACAUACUCAUAUCACUCGCGUCCACCAUCACGAACCGCGUCCACAGACUACGACGCGCCCCCUCUCGCUAUUCUGCAACCGCCCGAGAGUCUCGGGUCGCGUAUACAUUUCGACCGAACCAGUCUCGAAAACGUGCAACUCUCACGGAAGAUUUACGAGGUGCGCGAUGCGUUUCGAAGCGUCGUACAGGCUGCCCUCGGCACCGACUCUACGGGUCCCCGGAACGACACGCUGCGCAUUAGGUCUCUGGCAGCGAUGUGUGCUUCCAUCAUUGGGGAGCAAGUACAAGCCGAGAUUGCUGCUCGUCAAGACGAAGCUGAGGACGAACUCGAAGAAUUGUAUGCAAACAUCGCUGCCGACACCCAGGAGGAACUCUACGAAGCUGUUCCUCUUCACUAUCGAAGUCACACUGUUAUUUCGCAUGCUCUCACUCUUGUCCUCGAGACUUGCCCCCAUUAUCCCACAAUCUUGACCGCCCUCCUCGAAGUAUGUCUUUCCCACAACCUGACUACCGAAUCACACAACAUCCUACACGCCCUUCUCCUCGAAUCCAUCCGAUCAUCCGUGUCGGGAAGCGCGACAUGCCCGCUCCUACAUCCCGCUCAUAGCAACUACCUAACGACUCUCCGUGCAACAUGCUGCUCCCGAGACUAUCGCUCGAGCGCGAACUACCAUCGCCUUGACAACUCGACCUUCACCGCCUUGCUCAUUGGUGCAUUAUCACAGUCGCAGGUCGGUCGUGUCGAUGCAUGGACGUCAAAACCGGUCGCCCGACUGGCGAGGGAUUUGCGAGCGCAGGACUUCCCAGCCUUCCUGCAUCUCUGCUUUGGGCUGGCGGGCGAUAUUGUAGAUGCCGACAAAUUGCAGGCACGAAGGCGCUCGAAGAGGAAAUCCCUUGUCCCAGAGCCCCUCGAGGACAAGCUGAGGCCCCGACUCGCUAAAUGGAUCAAGUCGGCCCUGGACCAUCUCGUUGCCAGAGCCUCACAAGCAGAGGGCGGGAACCCGGACGCAGUUCGCGCACAUGAAGAAGCUAUCCACCAGACAGUGGACUUCUUACUGCACGUAUCGAAGACCGGACUCCAACUUGGGCCAGAGCCUGGCUCGACCAAACGGCCUCGUGCUGCAGACGGCCUCAUCUGCUUGGCGACCUAUUGCUUGGCCAGCCCUGCGUUGUCUACUCUGCCUUCUUGCGACCAGGAAGCCGUCGCUGCUUUCCUCCGCUGUUGUUCACCCAUCACGGAGACGUAUGGCUCCCUCGUUGGCCACCUCCUCACGGUCCCUGAACCUCCAGAGGCAACAAGCCCCUUUGACUUCCCUCUCGCACUCUCGCGUGCACCCUCCGAGGACGACACCACACCCCAACCUACGCCUCCGCCUGUGCCGCGCCUCACCCAGACAGAAGCGAUGCAGGUGCUCCGACGGUACGCUCGCUCGUUGCGCGCGCAUAGGCUGUACUUGCUCGAGGCGAGCCUAUGGGGCAACGCCCUACGGCAGAUCGAGGACGUCAUCCUGACAGGUGGGCUGGGCGGCGCGUACCCGUUCCUGCCGAGGCGCGGUGCGGAGGCGGGGGAGGACCUGCAUGCGCUGAGGGAGGAGCUCGUCGGGAGGGUCGAAGGUGCGGAGGCGCGCUGCUUCAGCGCCGGUGCGGAGACAGGCGCGAUUACGAACACCGGUGCCCCUCAAGCGAGCACGUCGACAUCGCAAGCGCUGUCGGGCGAAUGGGUCUGGGAGGAGAUGGUCGGCUCGUGGGUGCAGAAGUCCCCCGUCGUGGAACCUGCCCCCAAGCGGAGGAAACUCCACCACCCGAAGCCGCUCCCCGCGAUCGACCUGCACGCCCCCCGCAAGCUGCGCUCGCAGUCCACGAAGAAGAAGCCUCAGGCCGAGCGCAGGCCACGUCCUUCCGCGCCGGCAGCGACGUCCUCAGGGUCGCGCACGUCUCGCCAGUCGACGCCUACGUUGGUUGCGAGUCCGGCCGGCGAUCGCGAUGCCCGUGAUGAUGAGGAGACGUUGGCGAGCUCCGAGUUUGAGGACUUCCCUGGGCUCAGCCAGAACAAGAAGCGCGCCCGGCGGCGGAGCCCCCCACGCAGUUAUGAGGCCGAGAAGCCGGAAGAGCAGGCCAGCGCGGGUGAGGAAGACGAGCGGCGGCCUGGGCGUCCUAUGGCAGGCACCGCUGCGGGCCAUAAGGCUCAGCCGCGAGGCCGCAAAAUGAGCAGAUCGUCGACUCUGGUUGGUGACGCGGUGCCGAAGGCGAUAUGCCUGCAUCCCGAGAAAAAGGGGAGGGUUCCCAAAACUACCGCACAAUCGUUGUCGCGUGUGCGUCCUGUCCAGUCUUCGAAGAAACACGGUCAGCCUGCUCGCGAAGAAAGGGACGAUGAAGUUGAAGAAGAGGACAGAUCUUCUCGCGGCGUAUGCGCCGCCGACGAUCUCUCGUCUGACGACGUAUUGAAUUUGUUUGCGUAUCCAUCUUCUCCAGUUGCGACGCCGCGCAGGAGGAGCACUUUGAAGAACAUCUAAGUCUUGGUAUCUUGUAUCAUCUGCCCUACGUCUGAUUGCUUUGU